AUGGUUCGCUCCAGUCCCUUUGGCGGCUGCGACGGCUUGAACCAGCGGGACACGGCCGCCACAGCGACUGCGCGAGUGACGUGCGCGAGCGUCGACCCGCAGCGAAGGCACGAAGCAAAUCAGGCCGAACGAUCUGGUCGGGCUGAGGUUCCGAUCAUCAAGAUGACGCCAUUCCGCUGGAAACCGCGGUGA